AAUUCCCUUCAUUAAAACCCUCAUAUAUCUAGACCUAAAGGGGAGGAGGAUCAGAACAGAGAUUAGACCCUUAUACCAAAAACCGGGCUGCUCUAUCUUCUUCACAAGCUAACCAUCGGACCCUAAUCUUCAGCAGCUAAUAACGACCCCCUCCCUCUCAUUCUUCUUUCUUUUUCUUUAACUCAUAUUCGUGCACGCCCUUGAAGAUCUGGUUGAAGAAGUCAAAAGAAAGAAGCGAAAAUUCCAAAAUCGGAUUUGAAAAGCUAAAGAAGAGGAAUUUCUUAAAAAUCUGGAUUUCUAGUUGUCUCUCAGAGUCAAAAUCACCGUUGUUCAUUGUUGAAGCUGUUGUAUCUGCGUAGCUGAACUCUCUUCGAUUUUCUUGACCUUUAUUUGGGUUCAUUUCCUUCUUCUUGUGAUAAAUUCAAGGUUUAAUGAGAUGUGGAAAGAGCUGCAGACUGAGAUGGAUGAAUUACUUGAGGCCUGGUUUGAAGAAAGGGAAUUAUAGCCUUGAAGAAGAGGAACUCAUUAUUAAACUACACAAGGAACAUGGAAACAGAUGGUCAGUCAUUGCUGCAAGAUUACCCGGAAGAUCCGACAACGAUGUCAAAAACCAGUGGCAUGCUCAUCUCAAGAAACGUGCCAAAACAAAUACUAAUAACAAUUCACCAAUUAUGGAGCAAUUUUCUGAGUCUUCGCAGUCUGGAUCUCAAAGUGAGCAAUAUUCUCAUAAAGUAUCAGAACAGGAAGCUGGCUGUGAUACGGCUAGUGUAAAUGCCGUUGAUACUUCAGUAGAGGUUUCAUCAACUGAUUUAUAUUCGAGUUUUUCCCUUUUAAAUGGAAUGGAUUGGAUUGAAGAAGAUCAUAUCAGGUCAAUGGAACAACUUCCAGCAGAUUUCUUUAACUUUUGUUGGACAAAUCCCAUCGACAAUUUUCAGACAGAACCCUUUGACAAUUUUCAGACGGAACCCUUAGACAAUUUCUGGAGACAACCAUUCUUUUAAUUCUUAUAUAAUACCUCAACCUACAACAACUUUAUAAUACAUUCUGCAAGUUUUUGAAAGAACGACGACGACGAGAGAAUGUGCUGAUCAAUGGCAUAUCAGAGCUUUUAAAUUUUAA